AUGGUUGGUCUGGAAGGGGAUGUGGUCCAGGUUGCUGCGAAAGAAAGUGGACAUGGUUUCAAUGCAAGACAAGUGGAGUUAAGUCAGGUUCCAUUCUAUACCUUUCGACAGAUGUGUAUCAAGUCGUGCAGUCGCGGCGUGUUUCCCUACCCUCUGAAGGCGGUGGAAGAUUGUGAUUCCACCCUGAUAAGCAGUCGCUACAUCGAUUAUCAGAAAUCGUGCACGUCCAACCCAGCCAACUGCGCACUAGAGCAGGUGGGAUGCCGGGGAAUAUGGAAGAUGGAUGAGUUGAUGUAA